GAUCCUUUAUGCUGGAAGCAUUGAGGUCGAACACCAACCACGCAGACACAGCGACUGCUGUGACCUGUCGCCCAAUUAUUGCGGUUAUUCCUGCGUUGGUGGACGCACUUGCUGUUUUCCGGAGGUAGUUAUCAGUCUGUGAAGGUGCCUACAGGCUGCAAAGAUUCGGAGCUGUUGAUCUGAUGAGGGAACUCUCCUCUAUAACGCAACGCCUUAAGCUCAAAAUCUUAACGAUUCGACACCAAAUCCCAGCACGAUAUGCUCUCAUUCUUGUUGCUGGUCUGCUCCUCUGGUGCUUUUACAUCUGGACACCCCCAGAACAUCCUGUGUCUGUCAUGCCGCUGCCUCAUGCUGCGAACCAUACGACACCGAGAGAAUGGAGUAGGCGAGCAGAAAUGGUCAAGAAAGCCUUUCUGCACGCGUAUGGAGGAUAUGAGGAGUAUGCGAGUCCUCAUGACGAGCUGAAACCAGUGUGGAAUACUAGCGUUGACAACUUCAACGGGUGGGGAGUCUCUAUUGUGGACUCUCUAGAUACUAUGCUCCUUAUGGGGCUAGAAGACGAGUUCAAUCGCGCACUUCCUAUCAUAGAGAAGAUCGACUUCGUUCUUCGAAAGCAAGUGAGCCCAGGAAUAUUCAGCAGUACCCUCGACAUGUAUGCGCCCUUCUUUGAGACAGUCAUUCGUUACCUUGGAGGUCUACUCUCCGCUUACGCUCUUUCGAACGAACCGAUACUUCUUCAGAAGGCCGAUGAGCUCGCGACGAAGCUGGCUCCGGUCUUCAACACGCCUACAGGGUUGCCUGUAUUUGGCGUGAAUACUGUUUCCGGCAAAGUCAGCGGUUCCAACAUCGGAAUGCUGGCUGAGAUUGCUAGUUGUCAGCUCGAGUACGCAUACUUGGCUCAUUUGACGGGGAAGAUCGAACACUAUGACAGGGCAGGUAAGAUUAUGGACGCCUUGGGAAAGGCUCAGAUUGACUCAAUUGGAAUGCUUCCAACGCGAUUCAAUUUAACUACCGGCCAACCCUCCGAUGAGUCUACGUCAGUCGGCGGUGCUGCGGAUAGUGCUCAUGAGUACCUCCUCAAGUAUCAUUUACUCACGGGUAAAACAGACAAAUCGAGUUUGGACCUAUACAUGCGAACUGUGAACCACAUCCUGACCAACCUCAUGUUCAUCUCCCCCAAUCGAGAGUUGCUGUACGUCACUAGCAUCCAGGGUACUUCCAAAUUUCCAUCUCAAACUUUCGAGCAUCUCUCUUGUUUCCUUCCCGGACUUCUCGCGCUAGGUCUACACUCGCUUCCCGAAUCCGCUUUCAUGACAUCACCAUAUUCAAGCCUAAUCAAGAACCAUAAGCUACUACAUAAUUACAACCUUAGGGAUCUGCAUGUUUGGGCCGCAGAAGGUCUUGGAGAGAGCUGCUGGCUAAUGUAUGCCGACCAGCCCACUGGUCUGGGUCCGGAUGAAGUCUAUAUGACAGCUAUGCCAGACACGCGAUCGCAUGCGAAGGACUUCCAUCAUGGUGGGCUUUGGAUUGAUUAUCUGGAGCGUUGGCGCAAGCGCGGAGGACGUAGAUUACCACCAGGACUCGGAGAAAAGCUGCCCAUUGUACCGAAGGAUGGGGAACCUGUACAAGGCUUGAAGCUGAAACGCGACUAUAUGAUACGUCGCCCAGACUAUCUCCUACGACCUGAGACAAUCGAGUCUAUGUACAUUCUUUGGAAAACCACAGGCAAUCCGAAAUGGCGUGAACGUGGAUGGAAAGUCUUUCAAGCAAUCGAAAGGGAAGCCAAAACGCCUUCAGGAUAUGCAUCUCUAAGAUCAGUAGAGCAUUCUCCAGCUCAUUUGAAAGAUGAAAUGCCGAGCUACUUCCUUGCGGAAACACUCAAGUACCUAUACCUCUUAUUUUUAGAUAAGGAUCCUGUGCGCUUAGAAGAUUGGGUCUUCAAUACAGAAGCACAUCCGUUCCCGAUAUUCUCGUGGUCGUCUAUGGAAAAGCUCAAGUUCCGUAUAGCAUCCCAUAAUGAUGUUUGACACGCCUUCGGACCGUCCUGAUGGACUGAAAAUGAUCAGCUUGGAUAGUUUCUUGCACCGUUCUAUGUACCAUCUACGAUACCCUACUUCACACUUAAUCCUGCUAGGCGGAAUCUCGUUACCCUAUAUUCAUUCAUUUAAUCUUG